AAGUGGUCAGGUGGGGUGCGCCGAGGACGUAUAGAAAAGAUCGCUUCGCAUUUUUACUUCCUGAAAGCGAGGUCAUAUAAAUAAGUUGUUUUCCUUAUCAGCGGUGUUCACGCCCAAGACGUACUGAAGAGACAGAAGAACUGACUGUAAGACAUUCUGUCCAUCAAGUGAGCCCACUCAGCAGUUUACAGCCUGUUCAAUCAUGUCCAAUUUCAUGCAAGACACUAAUUUGGAGACAGACCACUCAGUUGAUUUUUCUUUAAUGGACAGUCGCCUGGAGUCAUUCUGUGGUUCCAGCCUGGCCCAGAAGGUGCCUGCAGAAAGACUGGCCCGGGCCGGCUUCUACUUCACUGGCUCUGGUGAUCGUGUCCGUUGUUUCAGCUGCCAGAAGACUGUGGAAAACUGGCACAGGGAAGAUGUGCCUGUAGUGAGGCAUAAAGAGGUUUCCCCAUCUUGCAGGUUUCUCAGCUGCACCCACCGUACCAGUUUUAAUCCAGGUUCUUUUGGUUCACUGAUUAAUGGUUCUGUCUACGAUGAAGAAGCAGAGGACAUGGAAUAUCGUUUGAGAACAGGAGAGGUGGUUGAUGAGUCCACCUACCCUAUGGCUCCUCAUAUGAGGAGUGAGGAGGCCCGACUGCAGACCUUCUCUCUGUGGCCAUCCACUGCACCUGUGAGGCCCCGUGAUCUGGCCCAAGCUGGCCUCUACUACUUGGGACAGAAGGACAGGGUGCAGUGUUUCUGCUGUGGUGGCAUGCUGGGUGGCUGGGAAGCAGGUGACACUGCGUGGAGAGAACAUACCAAACAUUUUCCCAACUGCUUUUUUAUCCUUGGGCACGAUGUGGGCAACAUCCCAUUACAGGGGGCUACAGAGGAGAUGGAGUGGGCUAGUGGACAACGUGGAAACACUCAUGUCCACAUGGGGAGUUUUGAGGAGAGGGUUGGUAGUUUUACAGGUGUCCAGCACCCUAUUGACCAUGAGAGACUUGCCAGAGCUGGCUUCUACAGCACAGGGACGGGAGACAAGGUAUUGUGUUUUCACUGUGGUGGAGGUUUGAAAGGCUGGCAGCCUGAGGAAGACCCUUGGGAAGAACAUGCCAGACACUACCCUGGAUGAGCAUUCCUGUUAACAGAAAAAGGACAAGGAUUUGUCAACAGCAUCCAGCUACAAGAUCCACGAGGAAAUAGACCUACCUCAAGUCAUCAGAAUGGAUUUUCAGGAAAUAGAAAUGAGGUACUGCAGUCUGCCAUGGCUCAGAAAGCCAUAGGGAUGGGUGUAGAGCCCAGCGUGGUGGAGAAGACCAUCUUGGAGAAGAUCAGUAAGACGGGCUCAAGCUACUCCAGCCUGGAAGCGCUUGUGGAGGAUUGCCAUAACAACACACCAGAGAGUGAUGCUAUCGGUACAAAUAAGGACCCAUUGGAGAAACUACAGACGCUGCAGCGGGAAAAACAGUGUAAAAUAUGUAUGGACAGAGAUAUUGGUAUUGUCUUCAUUCCAUGUGGUCAUUUGGUCACUUGUGAGGAGUGUUCAAAGUCGCUCAUUAAGUGUCCAAUCUGCUGUGGAGCAAUAAAGCAGAAGAUCAAGACCUAUAUGGCUUAAAGGAAUCCCAGUCUUGCCAACUUCAAUGCUGCUUUCUUACUAUCUUUAUGAUAUUGUAUUUUAAUAAUAAAUGUAGAUAGCUCAUUAUAUAUUUAAGGACCAUUUUCAUUGUAUGAGAAUGAGUAAAGAAAAUAUUUGACAACACUAUAAUACGCAGAAGAGACUGUAUAAUUAGCUGAUGUUGAUUCUGGACUACUGACACCUGUAAAUAAUACUAAGUGCAAUUUCCUUUUUGCACACUUUCUUGCCAGAGGUGCCUUUUUUUUUUAAUUUAGCACAAUCACACUAGUCAUGGGAUGUAAUCAUUUAAUAUCAUACAGUUAUAAUAGUAAUUUUGCCCAGUGUACUCAGUGUUUUACUUUUAUUUUCCUUCAGUGUGUGCUGUUCUGCAUUUAUAAAGGUAAAUCCAUUGAAACCUUGCAUUAUAACUGACUUUAGGGCCUGUAAUUAAUCAUUGUGGUGCGAAAUUAUUUUACCAUUCCAUUAUGGUAACUGUUGUGUCAUCAGGAGUGAAUAAAUUUUAAUAAAUUGA